AUGCGUCAUGUGCUGAAGCGUCGUCAGAUUCACUUCGCGGAGGUUCUGCGUGACAUCUACUUCACGACGAGCACCGUCUCGCUCGCCUUCCUCGUGCUCACCUUGUUCAUCUUCUCCUACUUCAAAUCUCUACAAUGCAGUCGGAUAUCUAUUCACAAGAACCUGGUGAUGUCGUUCAUCUUUCGGUUCAUUCUCAUCAUCAUAAUGUUUGAACCUUACAUAUCAUUACGGGAACAUUCGUACCGAGACGUGGACUGGCUGUGUAAAGUGUUCACUGUUUUAAGGAAGUACACGAUCAUGGCGAACUUCUCGUGGAUGUUCGUGGAGGGUCUGUUUCUACACAACCGACUCGCCGUGUCCGUCUUCAGCACGGAGGCGCCGUUCGUCCUCUUUUAUGUGAUAGGCUGGGGUAUUCCCGCCAUUAUAACGACCACGUGGGCCGUCCUGAUGGAGUUCUACAAUGACGAACCGUGCUGGCAGGAGCACAACCUCUCGCCCCUCAUCUUUAUAAUAUAUGCUCCAAUACUGAUCACGCUUGUUAUCAAUUGUGCAUUCUUGGUGAAUAUUAUUCGUAUUCUUAUAACGAAAUUACGAGCUCACAAUGCUAUAGAGACAGCAAGGAUCAGAAAAACAAUCAAGGCAACUGUGGUAUUGCUACCAUUACUCGGUAUAAUAAAUCUGUUGUUUCUGCUAAAACCGGACGCAACAGAGGGUUCGUUAAUGGAGGCCUACAGGGUGAUCAACUCCAUUCUACCGGCAUGUCAGGGUAUUUUCGUCGCCCUUCUCUACUGUUUUAUGAAUAGUGAAGUUAGAUCGGUGAUAAAAAAGAAGUGGUACAGAUUUCGACUGAGCCGCUCAUGGUCGUCCCAUGCACGCCGUCGGACCUCAAGGACGUCGUCCUACUUCCUCUCCCAAAGCGAGAGCGGACUGUCCCCGUUAAAUCGGACGACAACACCCUUAUGAUGCUAAAACAAAAUGGCGGCAACAAAAUACCAAAAGAUGACGUCGCCGGAAGUACACCUUUACUUGACUUUUUUUUCAGAGUUUCAUAAGUAGCCUUUUGUACAGUCUAUGGAGCGCUUACAUUUAUUUUUACCAUUUGUUUGUUACAUUUGUUUCAUUAAA